UCCUCUUGUCGUAGUUUCUGGAUGAAGAUGCUGAAAAUGUGUCUGUUUUCAUUUCAGAUCCAACAGAAAGUCUGUUGAAAGAAAGCAAAGGAACCUCCUGGGCUCCGAUAAAUACAGGAGUUCAAAAAGGGAGUGGGCAGAUUCAGCUCUGGCAGUUCCUGCUGGAGCUCCUCUCUGACAGCACCAACAUGUCAUGCAUCGCGUGGGAGGGCACCAACGGAGAGUUCAAGCUCAUCGACCCUGAUGAGGUGGCCCGGCGCUGGGGGGAGCGCAAAAGCAAACCCAACAUGAACUACGACAAGCUGAGCCGGGCGCUGCGCUACUACUACGACAAAAACAUCAUGACCAAAGUCCACGGCAAAAGAUACGCCUACAAGUUUGAUUUCCACGGCUUGGCGCAGGUGUGCCAGCCGUCCACCACCGAGCAGGCCAUCUACAAAUUUCAGGGCAACUUCUCCCCGAUCCCCUUCUCCGGGAUUUCCAAACUGAACCUCGUGGCUCCUGGCGUGGGGCCUUCGGGGUUCUCCUACUGGGCUGGCUCCACACCAGCGGCUCUGUACCACAGCCACAACCUCCAGCCUCCGGGGCCGUUUGGCACCGUGUCCCCGUCCCACAUCGGCUGCGUCAACAACAUCAGCAGUCUGAGCACCAUCAACAACCACUACAACUGACUCUCGAUGCGUAUUUUAGACACACCGGGAAACCGACACACUGCAGUGAGGGAGGACAGACAAACAGCACAAACACGCUGACUUUGGUGUUUGGCGGGGAAAAUAUGAUUUAGGCUCAAAGUGGUUCAAAAUUAGAUGUUUUUAAAAUGUCAAGUCAGGCUUUUUAAGCGGCGCAAAGUUGUGUUUAAACUCAAGAUUAUGACUAAUGACACCGGACGUCUUCUUGCAUGCAAGUAAGGCACGAAAACGUAGAAAUUAAAUAUUUAAUUUAAUUUAAUUUAAUCCUUGUGGAGAAGCGAUUACGAUCAGAUUACGCACAGUGCUUUGAACCUGAGCGCUUAAUUUGAUCCAUAAAUAUUCCAAAUAUGAAAUGUCCUUAUUUAGGCCACUAUCAGUGAGACGUAAUCGGAAACCAAAUAAAGGUUUACACGAUGCUUGUUUUUGAAACAACAAACAAAUAGUGUACAUAUAUUUAAAAACGUUGAAUAAAUAAUAAAUUAUCUUUCAGAUCCAUUUCCUAUCAGACCUCGGCUCCCUCGCUCUCCCAGCCCUUUCCCUGAGUUCAGUGUUUGUUUUCACAUCUUCAGGUGGAUUUGCACCGACGUGGGCGCGAGCUGCCAAACUACCAUCGGACUAGUGGCGCCAUCUUGUGGUUAUGGAUGAAAACAGGCUUGUUGGACUGGAAUGAGACUCGCUUGAAUCAUGCUGUCACGUCGAUCACCGUUUGGUUAUAAAUCAGAUCAGACGUAAUGAAACUCUUUGUAGGAAAAACAAACCUCACGCAAUAAAAAAUGAAAGCAGCGCACAGACACGGGGAACAGGAACUUUGUGUGAAAUAGGCUGAGUAGAAACCGAAACUGUGAAUUCCCAAACUGCUCUGUAAAUACUGUAGAGUAGAGACCGGCUCAGACUAUAGAAGCUCUUCAGUGAUUUUAAAGUGAAUUCAUUCACACUGUGACUAAAACAA